AAAAGAGAAGAAAUUAGAAGAAAGGGAAGUUCCAGCCUUGCUUUUGCUUCGUCUCCGAGCCCUUCUUCUCUCAAGCCAUCUCACCGAUUUCCGGCAAAUUAACGGCCAGAAAUCUCUCCAUUCCAACGGCCAGGAUUUCUUCAGAUUUCUCAUUCCUUUCGCUCUCUCUCUCUCUUUUCUCUCUUUCUCCGAUGGUGGAUUCGAUGAGCAGCGACGACGAGCAGGAUUACUACUCCGAUCGAGACUCCCUCCAAGGAAUUGAAAACGACGAUGAAGACGAUUGCGAUUGGCCUUCUCCAAACGUGCCCUCUUGUCAGGUUAUCACAAAAGAAUCGCUUUUGGCUGCGCAGAGAGAAGACUUGCAUAGGGUAAUUGACUUGCUAACACUGACUGAACAACAUGCGCGGACUCUACUCAUCCAUCACCGUUGGGAUGUUGAGAGAUUGUUAGCAGUACUCGUAGAGAAGGGAAGAGAUAGGUUAUUUUCUGAGGCAGGCGUAAUGGUUGUGGAGCGGCAAGGGCUUUCCUCGUCCCAGUCAUCAUCAUCAAUUACUUGCAAUAUCUGUAUUGAGGAUGUUUCCCCAGAUGCAGUUACCACAAUGGACUGCGGCCAUUGCUUUUGCAACGAUUGUUGGACGGUACAUUUUAUUGUAAAGAUAAAUGAUGGGCAAAGCAAGCGCAUUAGAUGCAUGGCCCACAAGUGCAAUGCAAUUUGUGAUGAAGCCAUCAUCAGAAAUCUAGUCAGUGCUAAGCAUCCCGAUCUAGCAGAGCGUUUUGAUCGUUAUCUUCUGGAAUCUUAUAUUGAGGACAACAACAAGGUGAAAUGGUGCCCCAGUGUGCCACACUGUGGAAAUGCCAUACGCGUCGAGGGCGAUGCUUAUUGUGAAGUGGAAUGUACAUGUGGACUGCAGUUUUGUUUCAAUUGCUCCUCAGAAGCACACUCACCUUGUUCGUGCCUGAUGUGGGAGCUUUGGACCAAGAAAUGCCGAGAUGAAUCGGAGACGGUCAACUGGAUUACAGUUAACACAAAGCCCUGCCCCAAGUGUCACAAACCUGUGGAAAAGAAUGGUGGCUGCAACCUUGUUAGCUGUAUCUGCGGACAGCCAUUUUGUUGGUUGUGUGGUGGCGCUACAGGCCGUGACCAUACAUGGUCUAGCAUCACUGGCCAUAGUUGUGGGCGCUACAAAGAAGAUACGGUGAAAAAGUCUGAGCGUGCAAAGAGGGAUCUCUAUCGAUACAUGCACUAUCACAACCGUUACAAAGCUCAUACGGACUCCUUUAAGCUCGAAUCCAAGCUCAAGGAAACCAUCCAGGAUAAGAUAGCGAUAUCAGAAAGCAAGGAGUCUGGAAUCAAAGAUUACAGUUGGCUCACAAAUGGGCUCUACAGACUAUUCAGAUCAAGGCGUGUUCUUUCAUAUUCAUACCCCUUCGCAUUUUACAUGUUUGGUGAUGAUCUCUUCAAGGAUGAAAUGACUCUGGAGGAAAGAGAAUUGAAGCAGAACCUAUUUGAAGAUCAGCAACAGCAGCUGGAAGCUAAUGUGGAGAAGCUUUCCAAAUUUGUAGAGGAGCCAUUUGAUGAGUUUACUGUGGAAAAGGUCUUGGAGAUAAGGAUGCAGGUCAUCAAUCUGUCUGUUGUCACUGAUAAGCUCUGCAAGAAAAUGUAUGAAUGCAUUGAGAAUGAUUUAUUGGGCUCUCUCCAAUUGGCGAUUCACAACAUCGCUCCAUACAAAUCCAAGGGGGUAGAGAGAGCCUCUGAACUCUCUGUUUGCUGGGACUCUGACGGAAGUUCACGGAGCAUGAAAACAUCCAAUGCAGAUAGCUACCUGCGGUGCGUAAAUGGAGCUGGGGCUUCUGAAUUGAGUCGUCCUUCUUUGGAUGACCGUUGCUAUGAAUCUUCAAGUCUAGAUGAGAGCGGCUGCUCAACUCGGAAGCGUGCCAGGAAACAAGCUGCUGGAGACGACGCUCUUUUCGAUCUCAACUUACCUGCAGAGGUGAUUGACAAGAGUUAAAUUCGAGGCUCCAGACCUCCAGCAUCUUCAAGUGUACAGCUCUAACUAAGAAGUGGGCCACACUGCUGUUGAAGGAUGAACCUCUACCGCAUGAUAUUCUUUUCGCACAUCACCUUUUUUUUUUUUCGUUUUUUUUUUUUAAUGACCCUCUAUUGAAAGGGGGCAGCAGAAAGAGUAGAGCACAUGAGGUGUUUCCGGAUUCUUCUUUUAUCUUUAUUUUGUAUAUGCCUGCGCUGGAUAUGUGCAUAUAAUAUAUCUUUGUAUAGUCUGCCCCACAAGGCUAAAUUCCUCUCAAUACUGGCCUCUUUUAACAAAAACCA